GAUUGGCUCUGGAGGAUGUUGCUAUCAGUUUGAAAUAUUGGGCGUGACCAUGAUAUGUCGGCAUAUGGUCCUCGGAGGGAAGGGAUGGGUAUAUUUUAUUUAAUUUAGGAAGGGAUGGUGCUUCAUUUUUGAAGGAUUUGGGGAUGCGAUGAGAAUGCCUGACUUCAGACUAAGGAUGUUUAACUGGGAGGUGAUUUAGCCUGAAGUCAUAGAAAAUGGCCAAGGACAGUCAACAGCGCCGAAAACUGAGAGCCAGGACGAAGUUUUUGGUGAAGAGAAAGAAGGAUGUUGUUCAAGCUCAGCGUUCAAGUGCUCUCCUUCCAAAGUCUCCAGGUCCAUCUUGCAGUCGAAGUGGGCUCUUUUGCUCCUGGCCCUCAGUUUUUCUGAGCGUAACGGAAGCACUGAAGCCUUUGCUGACUGCAGCCCUGUAUCUGUACUGGUGGUGCCAGGAAAGAGUUGCACAGAUCUCUCAAGUCGUAAAAAAUGCAGUAUUUCUCUCACAUGCACGUCUGCAGGAGCUGGAUGCACUCCGGGGGCGGUUAGAAAAGCUGGAAACGGAAUUUGCCAGGCUACAAUCAGUGGUCCAGUGUGGGACGGUUGCGUCUUCCUUGGACAAGCCACCUUGCCAAACGAGGGUGGAGUUGGCUGUUCCCGCGCAUGCGCAGCUGGGCCUUCUGGCAUCUGGGCCUUCACAACCAUUGGUUCCACCUGCCCCUCCCCCUCCGCCCCCGCUUCCUCCGCCCCAGCUUCCACCAGCACCUCUGUGCCUCAAAAGGACUGACGGUGCUAACACACAGGCUGCCUCGUUAAAGAAAGAUGUGCCCAUGCAAAUAACCAUCCAGGACCUCCUAAAAGUGAAGCUAAAGAAGGCCCAAAGUGCUGUGGGGAUAGACAAGAGGAGAUCACCGUUUGAGAGGUGCAAAGUGUUAAUCACUCUCUCGGAUCUGCAAAGCAUCAAUCUGAAGUCCAAAGCCACUCAACCACAGGCUCGUGCUACCAAUCAUUUGAUCACUCCCAGCAGAAGUGGCUUAGAUUUCCGAAAACACUUGAAAAAGGUCGCUGUCGAGAGGAGCCCAGGUGGGACCCCGUUAAGUAACAAAGAGAACAAAGAGACUGGCGCAGGGCUGACGCCGAUCAUGAUUCAGGCUCUGCGGCGCAAGUUUCAGUUGGCUCACCCAAAGAGUCCCUCUCCAUCACUGUUGCCUAAAGGAAGCAGCUUUGAGGAGCCAAGUUAGCGCGGCAUCUCCUGGCUGGCUGUGGUUCCCUGCGCUGCUUUUCUGGCCUUCUACAGAAGAAAGGAUCAUCUUGAAAGGGUCCUUUGGAGCGGAGAUCUCCAUCCCCGGGUGAAACAAGGAAAGGGGCGACAGCGCAAAUCCCCUCCCUGCCCUGAUAUUAUUUCCGGGGAUGGGGAACCUGUUGCCCUUCACAUGCCAUUGGACUUCCAACUCCCAUCAGCCGAGCAUGGGCAACAGGUUGCAAGCGGCCGGAGAUGCAGCCCAGCAACAUCUGGAGGGCCACAGAUUUCCCAUUCCUGCUUGGCAGCAUAGCGGUCAACGUGAGAUGCCUCCCUCUCCAUUGCUAUAAAAACACUUUACGGGUAACAGGCCCCACCUGUGUGGGGAAUCCGGCAUUCCUGAUCUUUUUGUAAUGUUGCUUAUUUGACCCAGAAGCUUUGCAUUUUUGUAACUUAAAACCCCCCACUUACGUUUACUAUUUUUAAAAAGCCUUUGGGGAGGGCAAUAUUUCUAAAUCCCCCCACCAAAACUGGUUUUUCAAGACUUGUAAGAAUGGCAGUCACUCUUGAGGUUUUAAAUCUAUCUAAAGUGUGUGUGUGUGUGUGUGUGUGUGUGGAUUUAUACACAAUUUUCUCCAUAAGGAAGAAUAUAGUCUCUUAGAGGGGGGAAAGAAUACAUUUUUCUCCAUAAAGGAGAAUGCCAUGUUACAGUCUCUUAGGGGGCAAGUGGACUGCCCUAAAUGCCUUUGUACUGGAAGAUGUGUGCUCAGCAAACCUCCAAUAAUCAAGAUUUUUGUUUCUGGUUCAAGUUUCUGCCUCGUGGAGCCUUUCCUGCAACCCUGACAGAUGACUGGGAAACAAGAGGCCAGGAUCAUUGUUUGGUCAUUCAAAUGCCCCUUAAAUGAGUCAAGUGGCUCCUAGUCCUAUGAUAGCGUGCCAUUAUGUACAGAUCCUCUCUGUAAGACAGGGACUAGGCUGUGGGUGGAGAUGAGAGACAUUGUUUUCAAAGUGCCAGUGGUGCUGUGAAAGGUGGUGGUUGUCUACAGUGUACAGACAUACCUCAUCUAUCCUGCUCUCUUUGGUCAGACUGGGUUUCUUAACUGGAGUUUUACCAGAACAGAGAAAGCUAGCGGAAAAACCACACUAGCCACAAUGGUUCAUUUAAAGCACAGUCAGCAAUCUGAAGAAGGCGUUGUCCGUCUUGAGUCUGUGCUUGCAAAAGCAUUAAAAGACAAAGUGCAUUUACAGGACCCCGGAAGGAGGCUUCAGUUCAUUAAUUUCCCAGUGUCAUUAACCUGGGAAAUUCAACCCUGUGAGCAACUCUAAAGAGUGCCAGAGUCAAAUUGGUUUGGCAGUGCGAAGGAAGCCAAUGAACUGAAUACCAGUUCUUUCACUUCAAAGGAUGCGUUAAUCAGGUCUUGAGCGUGUAUCUGUUGUUGACAGAAAUCUCUCCUUUGUCUGGUAAGUGUUUUGAAGGGAUCUUGUAAGCACGUGCACAAGCUGUUGACAUGCCUUGUGACAAGUGGCACCGAUUCUGCUGUAAUCUCUUGUUAUACUUAUCAUAUAUUCCCAUGUAGCCCGCCUCAUGGGAAUGUCUUCCAGUGUUACAGCUGCAGGUUGGUUUCAUGUCUACACUAGCAUUUAACUCUAAAAUGGAUUAAUUGUCAUGGCAACCCAUGAAUCCUGGAAGACCUGCUCAUUUGGGCAAAGAGGGGCCUCUUCAAAAGUUCCAGGGAGAAGCUUCAAGCUUUUUAAACUGCUUUAAAAUCAAAUGAAGUUUUGUAGAGCUGGGGUGUGUGUGUGUGGUCCUGUCGGAUGUUGUUGGACUACAACUCCCAUCAUCCCAGACCAUUGGCUAAGCCAACUAGGGAUGAUGGAAGCAGGAGCUGAACAACUUCUGGAGGGCCACAGGUUCCCCAUCUCUGUUGAAGGGUAAAGGCCCUUCAGAUUGUCCAUCGUUAACGUGGCGCAUUACAGAAAAGAGACUGAGCUUUUAAAGCUAAGAGAAUUGGGGCAGAGAUGGCUGGUAGGCUAAAGUGUUCCUGAACAUGUGUUGUUACUGUACAUGUGGGCUCACCUAGUUAUCAUUGUUAGUUCCACGUUUAGAGUGUAUUUCUGCUUCUAUUUCUCAACCGUUACUAAUUUUAUGGUUAUUUAUCUGUAUAAACUCAGUUGCUUCAUUGCCUACCUCCUGCGCAUUUUGAAAACAAAUAGCUCCUAUAAUCUACUUGUGGCACAUUUGGGAACAAACAUGGCUAUGGAAACUUGUAAUCAAAUGUAAAACAGCAUGGAUUGGAAUUGGUUUAAUAAAGCUAAAU